CUUCCCUUGUUGUGACUGGGAGCCCGGGCUGAGCCGCUGCUGCUCCCCAGCGGGUCUGUGCGGGGAGAGACCUGCACUAACCUCUCUCUGUGCCCAGCCCGGGGGGACUUUCUUCGGGGGCUGCAACCAGCCCCUGGGACAGCCCCGGGCUCUGCCGACACCAGCCCCUGAGCCGGAGCCUGCAGAGCCAAGGCGAGUGAGAGAGAGACAAGCUUUUGGGCUCACCCAGAAGUUCUUCUUCAGGGCAGGGAAUGAACUUGGGAGCAUCACAGCUAAAUACAAGGUGGAACGGAUUGUUUCACAUGCCCAUGACCUUUGAGGACGUGGCUGUGUAUUUCACCAAGGACGAAUGGGCGCUGUUGGACCUGGGUCAGCGAGCCCUCUACAGAGACGUCAUGCAGGAGAACUAUGAGAACGUGACUUCACUGGGAUUUCUGAUGUCCAGACCUGACUUGAUCUGUCAGCUGGAACAAGGGGAAGAGACAUGGGUCCCAGAUCUCCAGGGCUUGGAGGAAAGGGGGAUCCGGAGAGGUGCCUGCACAGCAGGUGACAAGAUCUUGUGUAAGAACGAGGGGGAGAAUCCUCAGCAGGAAGGGCCUGCACAAGUGGAACCACACAGGACGGUAUUGGGAGGAUCCAGAGGAAAUGUUCCUGCACAGGGAGAAGCUGGUGGGAGUCAGAAUGGAUCAAAGAGGCAGAAGGAAAAGGACUCAGGAAAGGGACAAAGUAAAUCCACUUCCCAUGAGGGUGGUUCCAGAGACAGCAACAAAACCACGGUCCAGCAGACUGGAGAGAUGCAGAAAAUAUGCAUAGACUGCGGGAAAAUCUUCAGUUGCAUCUCGCACCUCAUUAGACACCAGAGAACCCACACUGGUGAGAGACCCUUUAAAUGCCCCGACUGCGGGAAAGGCUUCGGUCGGAGCUCGCACCUGGUUGUACAUGAGCGGAUCCACACGGGAGAGAGACCAUACAAGUGUGACGAAUGCGAGAAAAGCUUCAAUCAGAGCCCACACCUUAUUAGACACCAGAAACUCCACCUGAUGGAGAGACGCUGUAAAUUACCUGCCUGGGAUGGAGUGAAUACCGCAUUUCCCAGUUCCUUGAGUAUCCAGCUGCCUAUCGCUGGGAUCAGGGCGCAGCUGCAGGUGCCUCCGGGCUGCUCGGUGAAUCUCUGGCUCUGCCUCCGGUAGCAAACCGCAGGCAGAGGAGGAGAAGCCCUGAUCAGUUUUUCCUCAUUGCUGUGCUGCCAGGCCCCUCUGCCACUUGCCAGCCAGGUGGUGGUCAGGGAAAGAAGAACCCAACUCCUAUAGACACUCAUCUCUGGGGACUCAAAUCCCUUUCCACUAACCAAUUCCUUGAGCUAAGCCACCUUUCUCAGGGCAGAGACCUGUCUCUGCACCAUCCUCUGGGACUUGAGCUGGGCCUCCCCCCGCUUACCGGCGUUCAUGUGGGGUGGGUGCCCCAGAAGCCCUUCCCUUGCAGGCUUUCGGAGGAAACCAGGGAGAUCAGUUCGGGAGACUAGGAGAGGAAGAAUGGGCAGGGAACAGGUUGCUGGGAGUUUGAAUCAGGUGAAUGAAUUAGCAAGUGAUCAAGUGCUGAGACGGGAUAACUCUGCACUAGUUGGCCAGAGCUCAUUGCUGCAAAGAGGAACACCAGCUCGAAGGAAAGGAACAAGGUGGUGUGUGCCAGGAUCACGGUUAUUGUGUGCAAUAAUCUUCCCACCCCGUGAGCCACCAGCAGCUCUGAGACCAGCACUUAGGCAUUUCAGUCGGUCAGUGCAGAGUCGCAGCUCCAAGGAGUCGAUUUCUGAUGUUGGGUUAAAAUGACCUCAGAGCACCCUGGGCUAAAAGGGUAACUCAAGAAUGACAGCACGGGGGGUUCCUCACUGGGAAUCUUCAAGAGAAAGUAGAGACCAGUAAUUUCCUAUGUGUAUUUGGGGUUUGCAACAAGCAGUGGGUGUUGGGAAAGGAAAGUGUGGCUUAUAUUUAUCUCUGGGGAAAUCACUGGGGUAUUUAACAGUAAUUAUGCUGAUUCUUUGGAAUGUCUAAAAUUAGUGACUAGUAUGGGUCACUGACAGUCCAGAUCUUUGCCCCUCCCUGUGUCCUUCCCAAACGAGCAGAGUGAGGCUCAGUGAGGGGUCCCGCUGUGAUGCCAUUCUGCUCACUGGGGAAUGGGAUUGAUUCUUUGAUACCCGUUGCCCAUUUCAGGUGACGUUUCACCCCCUCUGCGCUAGUUACUCCCUCUCCCAGAACACUCUCUCUGUCACACUUUUUUAUUUCUAUUUCGGUAAAUAAAACCUGCACCUACA